AUGGCUAAUAUCAAUGCUGAUCCUAAUAACAAUUCUGCAUUAUCUUCAUUGCUACAUUCACCAUUACAUCAACCAUUACCUCCAUUGCAACUUACUCAACCACUGGGUACGUUUCCAAAGCAACGACUGUCGUCCAUAAACUCUAUUACCUCAAACCAAUCCUUUACUUUGGGACAAUCAACUGUCUCAGGACCAGGACCUUUGCAUCAUCUGAAUACUACACACAACAUACCGUCCUCUGCAACAUCUCAGCAACCAAGGUCAAUGAGUAUUAUCUCGCUUAAUAGUCCGCGAGAGUCGCUUAUUUCGGCUGACGAUUUGAAGAACUUGCCUGGAACAAGGAACAAUAGUUAUAAUUCUCUUGUGAGUUUACUGGACUUGGCUCUAAGGAAACAAAAACAAAGCAACAACAGCAAUAAACGUGGAGAUACUUCUUUGGUUUCAGAUGAUGAAGAUCUUGGAUUACAUCUUAAUAAUACUAAUAUGCUAUUAUCUUCCCUCAAACCUUCUAUGGGUCAUGGAAAACUUCAAUUACCAGCCAGUAUGGUUUUCACAGAAUUUAAACGAUUGAGUUCAGGUUCAAACCCAUUACAGCCAACUUCAGGUGGAGGUGGAGGUUCAAAUCCAAAUUAUAUUUCACCGGGUUCUUCUCAUCUUAAGAUGCACGAUUUGACUCCUUCACCAUUAUCUUUGGCUGAGAACCCCUUCAAUGACUAUAACUUUGCACAAGCACAAGCUCGUCAUCACCAUCGUCAAUGUUCGUCCUUGAGCUCUCACAAAAUAGACCCUAUCCAAUCACAUCAACCAGUUAGUGAUGCAGAAAGUGACAUUUCAUUGAUGGAUCAUCAUAUCAGUGGUGCUCCUGAUGGAGAUCGUGAUAUGACAACUGUGGAGUCGCCCAUUAUUCUUCCAUCUGUGUCACCAACUUCAUCAUCAAUAUCAAAUGCUUCGAUGUCCUCUACGAAUCUGGGGCCUUCUUCAACUGCACCAUUACCUCCUUCUCAUCAACGAACACCUUCUAUUUCAAAUGAGAAUUCUUCAGCUACUAAUCCAGCUAAGAAAUUAAAGAGUAUUCGACAGGUCCUUCUGGUAUCCAAAUCAUCAUCCAAGAAACCUUCAAUCACCUCAUCUCAACCAAGCACAAGCUCCCAAGCUUUACUCUUAAAAAAGAAGUAUAUAUUCUCCAAAGAUAUUCAAUUCGAACUUUUACAGAAAAAGACCUCUGCAGUCAAUGAGAUGAUUACUACCAAGUUUGUUCGUCUGUCAUCACUUCCACAAUCCAAAUCCAAAUUCAGCACUGGGGAAAGAGAAAGCUCCAACGAUGAUACGGUGACUCAAUCCAAAUCCUUUGAUGAAAAGUCUACUGGGACUCAAACCCAAUGGAAACAGCAACAGAAGCUCAUUCAGCAAUUGAACCGGAAAUGGAAUAAGAAUGACUUGGAAUUGAGUGACACAAACACUAGCUCCUCAGCAUCAGCAACUACUGCUAACAGUAGAAAGAGAUCUAGGGGAAAAGAUGAUGACGAUGACGAUAAUGUUGAAUGA